AUGCUUAAAGGUAUAAAGAAUUAAGGAAACACUUGUUUUUUAAACUCUCUAUUGAUUUGCUUAUCUAAAAGUUUACUUGUUGAUUAGGUUGAAGAUGAUCUAUUUCAAUAAUACUUAUUAUCUACACUUCAAUAUUUAAAUGACUAUGAUGAUGCUAAAAACUUAGAAUUAUUUUGGAUUGAACUUAGAAAGAGAUAACCGAUUAUUUUCUCCUAAAAUCCAGAUAAUUAAGAACCAUAAGAUGCCUUUGAGAUUUUGCUGUUCUUAUUAUCUGAAAGUAAACUUUUAGAUUCCUGUACAAUUAUUAAUGAAUCUCCAUAUUGUGAAAUACCUGAACAUAAAAAUUGUAUUUAUCUUCAUUAGAGUUGGGUGAAAGAUAUUUUAUAUUUUAUUUGGGAUUAAAAACCUAAUAUCAAUAAUUUAAAGCCAUUGAUCAAUCUUGAUGAAGGUUAUUAAAAAAUCAGAAUGUUUAAAAUGCUGCCUGGUUCAUAGGAAUAAUAUAAUUGGCCUAAAGAUGAAAAGUUAGAAUUUGAUCUUUUUACAUAUCACAUUGAUAGUUAGUAAAGAGAUUACUUGUACAAAAUUGAGUAAGAUUAAUAAUUUAUAUAAGAGAAUUAUACUAUAGUUUGUUGAAAAUGAUAUGACAAAAACAAUUUAAAGAUCUAGAUUUUUAUAUUUAGAUUAACAAAUAAGUUAACAUUAAUUAUAUUACUAACUAAGACAAGAAUUAGAAUAAACUAAUAUAAAUUUUAACAUUUAUAAUUUGAAUGGUUACAUUGAAGAUUCAAAUGAGAUUUGGUUACCUAGUUCACCUCUGUAUUUAGUUUUUAGAACCAAGGAUUUGGAAGAGUUUUUAUGGUGUAAAGAACUGGAAAAUCCGAAUUAAGUGUUAAAUUAUCAAUAUAUAUUAUAAAAAGAUAGUCCUUUAAUAAUAGAUGGAAAAUUGAGUAAUACAUUAAUUUUAAUACUUUAAAGAAAUGAUAUAAUAAAAAAUACAAAUCUUUAUUUCAUAAGAGAUGAGUUAAAAGUUAAUGUAUAUAAUAUAUAUAUAAUAUAAAUUAGACAAGAUGGUAUGAUUUGAUGGGUAUUUGUUGUCAUAUAGGAGAUGCAAGAGGUGGACAUUAUGUAAGUUACAUUAAGAAUAUGAAUAUGUGGUAAAUGUGGGAUGAUGAAAGAGUUGAAAUACGUAACAUUGACUUUUAGUGUAUGUAGACUGCCUACAUUCUAUUUUAUAGAUUAAGAUGAAG